GAUCUCAAUAUUAAAGUUGCCUCGGAGAACCAUUCAAAAUAUGAUUGCUUUGUCAUGGUGCUGAUGAGCCAUGGUGGGCAAGAUUUUAUCUAUGGAGUUGACGACAAGAUCUAUCUCGAAGACCCUCUAUUGCCCUUAAGCGAAAAUAAAUGCAAAACUUUGAUUGGCAAGUCAAAACUUUUCUUCAUCCAGGUUUGGUUUGUUUUAAACUUUACUAAUUGA